AAAGCACAGGCAGGUGCAGGCGCUGCCCCGGCGCCAGCGGGCAGAACGGAGCCGUUAGCGCGCGCCGUCGGUGCCUCCGUCCUUCCGUCCGUCCGUCGAGGCAUCGGUCGGCCGGCGCGCGGCAGCUCCCGCCCAGGCCCAGCGGCCACGGCCCCUCGUCGCCCCGCACCCUGAGCCGCCGGGCAGAGCCGGCUUUGGCGCGGCAGCCAUGUCCAUGGGCCUGGAGAUCGCGGGCACGUCGCUGGCCGUGCUGGGCUGGCUGAGCACCAUCGUGUGCUGCGCGCUGCCCAUGUGGCGCGUGACGGCCUUCAUCGGCAGCAGCAUCAUCACGGCGCAGAUCACCUGGGAGGGCCUGUGGAUGAACUGCGUGGUGCAGAGCACCGGCCAGAUGCAGUGCAAGGUGUACGACUCGCUGCUGGCGCUGCCGCAGGACCUGCAGGCGGCCCGCGCCCUCAUCGUCGUGUCCAUCCUGCUGGCCGCCUUCGGGCUCCUCGUGGCACUCGUGGGCGCCCAGUGCACCAACUGCGUGCAGGACGACACGGCCAAGGCCAAGAUCACCAUCGUGGCGGGAGUGCUCUUCCUGCUGGCCGCCUUGCUCACCCUGGUGCCGGUGUCCUGGUCGGCCAACACCAUCAUCCGGGACUUCUACAACCCGCUGGUGCCGGACGCGCAGAAGCGGGAGAUGGGCGCGGGCCUGUACGUGGGCUGGGCGGCCGCGGCUCUGCAGCUGCUGGGGGGCGCGCUGCUCUGCUGCUCCUGCCCGCCGCGCGACAAGAAGUACGCGCCCACCAAGAUCGUCUACUCCGCGCCGCGCUCCGCCGGCCCCGGCACCAGCACAGCCUACGACCGCAAGGACUACGUGUGAGGGGCAGCGGCGGGGAGCCCCCAGCACCCGUCGAGCUACAGCGCCCCUGUCCGGCGUGCAGCCUCUCUCGGAGACCAACCCACUCCAGACGCCCCGAGCUCUCCCACGGGACUGGGAGGGGCCAGCCCGGCGGCCCCUUCCCC